GUUACUAUUUCCUCAGUUAUCUCCCUUGAUAUUGCUGUUUAAUUAAUUUGUUUAAUUAAAAGCAUGGCGACAACAACGAGGGAAGUGAUAACCCUUCAGCUUGGUCAUUAUGCUAAUUACGUCGGAACACACUGGUGGAAUAUACAGGAGUCCUCUUUUGAGUAUGAUCCCUCCAAAGUGAGUGGUCCUUCAGAAAUCAACCAUGAUGUUCUGUACCGCGAGGGAAAAAACUUGAACGGGCAGGUAACUUUUACUCCCCGCCUUAUUUUAUGGGACUUGAAAGGAAGUUUACACUGUUUAAAGAAAGAGGGCACCCUUUAUGAUUUCAGGAUAAAAAACAGGCCAACAGAAUGGCAUGGAAAUGUGACUGUGAAAAAGAAACCAAAGAUUGAAAAAAAUGAAUUUCUCAAAGACAUUGAGAAACAGGAGGAAUGUUACCACGUCCCCAGUGAAUAUGAAGAAAUGGAAACAGAAUCUGCAGAGAAUUCUAAAGAAAUGGAAACAUUGGAAGAGAUCAACAAGAGGGAAGAAACAGACGGAAACGAAGAAUGCAAUUCUGGCGACAAAAUCUACAACUUGGAUGAUUCCACUGAAGUUUGGUCUGAUUUCCUCAACAUCCAUCUCCAUCCAAAAACGAUCAACAUUAUUAAUGAUUACACCCACAAAAGUGAAGAACAACCAUUUGAUGUGUUUGGCUCUGGUUAUGAGACCAUGUCUGGUACCGACAUAUGGGCUGAGAUGGAGGACAGACUUCACUAUUUUACUGAGGAAUGUGACAUGUUACAAGGUUUCCAGAUCCUGGUCGACGCACACAACGCCUUCACUGGGGCUGCUUCCUCAGUUCUGGAAUAUCUCCAGGAUGAAUUCUCCAGCAAAUCUCUUCUCACCUUUGGCCUCUCUCCAACAAAUUUUGCCAAUACUGACCGUAGUGGACAUCACGUAAUUAAUGCAGCCCUAUGUUAUUACCAACUGCCCAUGCAGAGUUCCCUGUUUGUUCCUCUGUCUCUAUCCACAUCUGGCUGGCCGUCCACAAGCCCUUCUAGUCCUGUCUACCGGAAGUUUCCACAUGUCAAUUAUAAGCCUCACCUCGAUUACCAUGGCAGUGCUAUCCUAGCGGCCAGCCUGGACACGUGUACCUUGCCAUACAGAUUACGUGACAAACAGACCCAUAUGAAGGACAUCAGUCAUUCGCUCAAUUCAAUGAGCCGCAAGGUGGCAGCACUGUGCAGCACCAUACCGUUCCCUCUGGGCGAAGACAGCUCCUUGAUUGAGUCUCUGAUGCAGAUGGGGGACCAGGUGCCCUGGACAUCGAUCAGUCCCUACGUAAAUACCGAAACAAAGCCAUGGAUGACCUCCACCACAUUACGAGGCAUCCCCAAUUCAAUGACAAAAUCAGACAACAUCAGUGCAGAGUUCGCUCCCCUGCUGAGUCAGUGUAACACACGCGACGAUGUCUUGAAACUUUAUCUGUCGGAAACGAUGCCGUCUUCACUGAAUGCUGGUUGUUCAGUGUCAUCACCGUGCCAUUUAGCGUCAUCAUUUCCACAUAUUUUCACACCAAACAUCACCUCUCAAGGAUUCAUAUCAACAAUGUUACGUCCACCACUUCAAGCUGUAAGCACCGUUCCUGCGAUGAGUUCUUUGCAAAGCACCAAAGACAGUGGCGAGAUGGUCGGCAUGCUCUACGAAGAGGCCAAGAAGGUCAACCUGAAGCGAUUCCAUAGGUUUCUUGCUGCUGGACUGGAAGAAGACGAGUUUAAAGAGUGUCUUAACGAACUGGCGAAUCUCUCAGAAAAUUAUUGCGAAUGAAGAAGAAUCGAUGCAGAAGAGGAAACAAAACAAACUAUAAUAAUAAUAAUAAUAAUAAUAAUAAUAAUAAUAUGAAUAUGAGUAUUACACAAUACUAUACACCUGAUGUGUGUGUGUGUGUGUGUGUCUGUGUGGUUUUGAUUGUUGUUUGUGGAUAACACUUUUCUGCACAAAGGAGCGUGAUGCUGUAAGGAAUUUAUAAGGGAGAUAAUUCUUCUCAAGCUACUCUUAAUUUCUUUUUAUAUUUUGAAUCAAAUUUUAUUUAUUAUUAUAAAAGCUCUUCUUCUUCUCCUCAUCCUCAUAACUAUUAUU